AUGUCCGUUUUAUUUUGGAACAUCUAUCUUAUUAUUAACCACGAUAUAUUCAGAAAGAGACUUCAUAAUAAGAAGGUUGUCCAUCGAGACAUUCGUUGGGAUAAUGUUGUAAAGUUCACAGAUGGUAAAUGGUUGUUAAUUGAUUUUGAGAAAGCUGCCAGAAUUGGAGAUGAAAGCGGACAUUUAAAGGAGGAAUCACUCGCCAAUAAAAGCUCAAUACUACUUAAUAAUAAUUGUUUAGAUAUCGGCCUCACAUUAAGAAAUAAAACAAAGUUUUUGCUACGACACUGCGCGAAACAUCAGAAUUAA